AGCCCACGACUGUCACCCUGACACAAAUACUCCCUCUCUGCCUGCAAAAGUUUCAUUAUCAUUAAGGUCAGGCUGUGUGCGGAGGGGGUGGGCGGCGAGAGAGGGAGAGAGAGAGGGAGAGAAGAGAGAGAGGGAGGGAGGACAGAAGAGUCCGAGGAGGAGAGGAGGACGGAUCGGAGGCAGAAGCAGGAUUCCUUGCAGUCUGGAGAACGCUGCUCUGACAUGCGGAUCGUCUCCCGUCUUACCGGCUCCACCUGACCGACACCUCACCGCCUCUCUCUCUCUCUCUCUCUCUCUCUCUCUCUCUCUCUCUCUCUCUCUCUCUCUCUCUCUCUCUCUCUCUCUCUCUCUCUCACUCUCCGGACCUCCUCUCCUGCUCAUCCAUCCUCUCCUCGGGACCGGCUCCUGUCGCCAUGCCGCCGCCGGCCGCCUGCUCGGCCGGGUACCGCCGACUCCGGACCCCCCUGGCCGCGGCGCUGUGGAUCGGGCUGCUGUGGAUCAGCGCGUCGAGCGGAGAUAAAGAAGUCCCCACAGCUUUGCCCUCCACCCAGCCUCCAGUGGUGCCAGCAGGGACCACGAAGGAAGGCAGCCCUAAAGGCAGAAGCUCCAGCGCUGCUACGGCUGGAGGUUUGCUUCAGUCAGUACUGGCCCAAAAGGGACGACUGGUCUCCCAGAAAGGGGACAUCAUUCCCUCUGCUCUACCCCAGAACCUGCUCCCUCUUCUGGGCAGAGGACUCAGCGUCAGUUCUCUCCCUGGAAGUCAAUCCCUGGAGCAUGAAAGCGGGGGAUUACUGAGGAGGGUAAAAGCCCCAGCAUCAGCUGCAGCGUCAGGCCAAGGCAGCCAUCCAACUCAGCCUCCUCCCACAGACACACAUUCUGAGCUGCCUCACACACAGACACAGACUCCUGAGCAGGAGGCCGAGGUCACCACUGUUGGCUCGAUGCUGGACGUGGACACAGAAACAGAAGCACCUUCAUCAGCCGCGUCCAGCUGCAUGGUGAAUCUCUCCGACCCUGAGGGAUACAUCGACUCCUCUGAUGACCCCCCUCUGUCCGACGGCGCCCUCCUGCACUGCACCUACACCGUGACCGUGUACACCGGAUACGGAGUGGAGCUGCAGGUUAAGAGCGUGAACCUGUCAGAAGGUGAGCAGCUGUCUAUCCGAGGCGUCGAUGAACGAGGAGCCCUGAUGGUUCUGGCCAAUCACACGCUGCUGGUCGAAGGUCAGGUGAUACGCAGUCCCACCAACAGUCUGUCGGUCUACUACCGCUCUGCACCGGAGGGAAACAUGGGCAUCUUCCAGCUGCACUACCAGAUCUUCAGGCUGAGCUGCUCGCUGCCGAAGAGGCCUCACUUUGGGGAGGUGUCGGUGCUCGACCUGCUGCCUGGAGGCACGGCACGCUUUCACUGCCACAUGGGUUACCACCUACAAGGAGAAACGCAACUCACCUGCCUCAACGCCUCCCUGCCGGUGUGGAGCGGCAAGGAGCCCAGCUGUAGGGCUCUUUGUGGAGGCACAGUGAAGAAUGCGACAGUAGGGAGGGUGCUGUCACCUUCUCCCCACCAUGGGCCUAAUGCCACCCUGGACCGCUCCUGCUCUUGGUCCCUGGAGGCCCCCAAGGACCAGAGGCUGCACCUCCAUCUGGAGAGACUGGCCCUGGGACCAACUGACAGGUUGGUGCUGUGGAGCGGGCUGGAUGCCGGCUCUGUGGUUCUGUUCGACUCGGGCCGGGGAGGACAGAUCCCCUUUGAAGGAGUGAUCAGCGAGGGUCCGGCUGUGAGGAUCCAGUUCAUCACUGACCAGCCAAACCACAACACAGGAUUCAACAUCCGCUAUGAAGCUUUUGAACGCGGUCACUGCUAUGAGCCGUACCUUCAGAAUGGAAACUUCACAACCUCAGACCCGUUGUACGGUGUUGGAGCUGUGGUUCAGUUCACCUGUGACCCAGGUCACUCCCUAGAACAAGGCCCUCCUGUUAUUGAGUGCAUCAGUGCCAGGGACCCAUACUGGAAUGACACCGAGCCGCUAUGCAAAGCUCAGUGUGGAGGCGACCUGACGGGUCCUGGGGUGAUUCUGUCUCCUAACUGGCCCGAGUGGUACGGAGAAAGGAGAGGACUGCAGCUGGAGGUACAUGUCGGCGAGGACAAACGGGUGCUGCUGGAUGUUACAACUGUGACGGAAAACGCCAGCACACACAGACUAGUGCUGAACAUCAGUGACAGCGACAUGUUGACCAUCACCGAUGGCGAUGAGGUCACGACUCACACUGGCCGCUACAUCGGAGGCAGCAAUCCCUUCAAGCUCUCCUCCACCACCCCCGACCUGACUGUCACCUUUCACUCCGACCCGGCGGGGCUCGUCUUCGGCAAGGGCGAAGGCUUCAUCAUCAACUAUAUGGAGGUGUCCCGAAACGACUCCUGUCCAGACCUACCAGAGAUCCAGAACGGCUGGAAAACGACGUCCCACGUUGCACUGGUGCGUGGAGCUCGAAUCACCUACCAGUGUGAUCCUGGUUACGACCUGGUGGGACGAGAGACCCUCACCUGUCAGCUGGACCUGUCCUGGAGCUCACAGCCACCGUUCUGCGAAAAGAUCAUGUACUGCUCAGACCCGGGCCAUGUCGAACACUCCACCAGGUCUCUGUCUGACCCCAAACUCCUGGUGGGCACCACCAUUCAGUACAGCUGCAACCCCGGCUUCAUCCUGCAGGGCGGCGCCACCAUCACCUGCUACGGCCGUGAGCCUGGAACGCCUGUGUGGACGUCUCGACUCCCUCACUGUGUCUCUGAGGAUUCUGUUUCUUGUGAGAACCCUGGUCUCCCUGACAACGGCUACCAGGUUCUGCCCAAGAGGCUCUACCUGCCUGGCGAGUCGCUCAACUUUGUCUGUUACCACGGCUACGAGCUCAUAGGAGAGGUGGCCAUUAAAUGCAUCCUCGGAAACCCGUCGUUUUGGAGCGGCCCGCUUCCACUGUGCAGGGAGGAAACCCCUAGUGUUGGCUGCUUUGAUUUGGAAGAUACAGAGGCUACAGCCGGCUCCCCUCUGGAUGGAGGGAACAUCGGACUGGCCAUCUUCAUCCUUGUUAUGCUGCUGUCGGUGCUGCUGGGAGGAGCGUAUGUCUACGUCACACGGUGCAGAUAUCACUCCAACUUAAGGCUGCCUCUCAUCUACCCCCAUCCUUACCGGCAGAUCACUGUGGAGACAGAGUUUGACAACCCGCUCUAUGAGACAGGAGGACAGGACACUCGUGAAUAUGAAGUAUCGAUAUGAGAAGCCUCUCAUAAAGACAUUUGUGAACCGAGACCGACCGCCCCAUCCUAACUCUUCAUCCUCCCCUCCCUCCCUUCUCCGCCCAGGAGGAGGCGAUGUAAAUACAAAUAAUGAUGUCCAGCCCCUUCUGACAUGAGAACCAGCGAUCGAUCCUGUUCUCUCCUCCUUUGAUGUGACAGCUUGUGCAGAGAAGGUGGGAAACAGGAGAGGAAAUGUGGUGCAAAGAGGAGUGAGGCAAGUAGUCAGUGACGGACCGGCGUGGCUGGGAGAUGAUGGGAGAUGGAGGACGAAGGGAAAAGACCCAACGAUCAUCUGAGAUCAUCCAACACGGUGGGAAAAGAGGAGAUGUUAAGUGCAACGGGACAAACAGAAGUUAAGGAGGGGAGAAGGGGAAGGAGUCAGGGACAGAACACAGUGUGAGGAAUGUGGAUCAAAGCACUUUUUAUUAUAUUCUUGACUGUAAGUAGUUAAAAGAAACCUGGAAGUAAUAAUCCUUAGGAUUUUCAUUAAAACCAGCCCAUUAAAAAAAAAAAUUACAGGUUAGUUUAUUUCUGCUGUCAACAAAUGCAUUAUAUUUUUUAAUUGUUAGUGGCCACCAGUUCAGUGCACAUAGAAUGGGUUCACUGGGCCAGGUCUAGUAGCCCAAGGUCUUAUUCCAUCAUUUUAAUAUACCUCCCGAUCAAAAUCUUAAGACCAGUUGAAAAGUUGCAAGAAAUUGCAUUUUAUACUGUUGCAUCUUAAGAAAAUUCUAAGUAGAGCUUAGAAAAUGCAAAAGGAAGAAAUGGGAGCAAGAAAAAAACUGAGCAAAUAAUUUAUUGAAAACAACAAUUCAUCUGAAAUAGGCUGUUCAUCAGCUGAUCAAACAUUUAUGACCAUAGCUCAAAAAAACCUGAAAACCCCCUCAAAGCACAAGCACGUGUCAAAAAGGACUCAGUAAUGAGUAGCUCCACCAUUCUUGUUGAUCACGUCAAAAAUUCAUUGAGGCAUGCUUGAUGCAAGUGUUUCCAGGAGGCCAGUGGAAACACUUCUCCAAGUGGUGAAGAUGGUUUCAUGAAGGGCAUCCGCUGUCCGGAACCGAUGUCCAUUUUUCUAAACUUCCCCAAAUGUUAUAAAUGGGAUUUAGAUCAGGGGAACAUGCAGGAUGGUCCAAAAGAGUGACAUUAUUGUCCUGGAAGAAAUUCUUUUUCAGGCUGUUGAAAGACCCAGUCAUUACCACACAGACGAGGGCCCUCAGAAAUUGCCUUGGGUCUACCACUUGACUUUUAUGUUCCGUAGCCCUCAGGAUAGUCUAAAAAAAUUUAAAAUGACUGUCUUUCUGCGUCCACCCUCAGUAGAGAUGGCGCAUUGCGAGAGGCCUAGCUCAAAAAUGCCGCCACGUUCAAAGACAGAAAACUUUUUUGCCUUUGCCAUCAGGAGGUCAUGACAGGAAAUGAUAUGGAGUCCAAAUUUUUGUGCAGAGUUGGGUUUUUAAAGGCUGUGGUCUUAAACUUUUGAUAAGUUGACAAAAGCAUGUUUGAGUUUAAAUGCAGUUUUCAAUAAAUUUCCUGCUAAAAAUUUUUCUUCUCUUGCUCCCAUUUCUUCUUUUUGCAUUUUGAAGCUCUACUUAGAACCUUUUUAACCCAUAAGAACCAAGACCCAUUUUUCCUUAAAGGAAAAUAAUGUUGGAUAUACCACAGACCAAGUGGACCACAUAGACUGGGGCACUCAAAGUGCUUGUUACACUGGUGUCACUGUGGGUUCUUAUGGGUUAAGAUCCAACAGUGCAAAAUUCAAAUUCUUUCAAUUUUUUAACCAAGAGUGUACAUAUCAAUUAAUUAUCCCUUAUUAAUACCAUGAGGAAAAGUUCAGAUUUUCAUAUAUCCUCCCAAUUGGGGGCAUGAGAGUGCAGGGUCAGCCACAGUAUAGCGCCCCUGGAGCAGGAGGGGUUAAGGACCCAACAGUGGCCACAUUGAGGGUUUGAACCCCUGAUCUUCAGAUAAGCAGUCCAGUAACUUAACCAUUGCGCCACUAUCACCUAUAUCCCUGAAAGAGGUGCACAACAAUCCACAUGAAAUGCGUUGGAGACGCAACGUGACAACAAAGAGACAAAGUGGCGACAACUGCAUAAAAAUGACCAAAGAAACGUUUGAAAUGUCCAGAAAGGUUUCAAACAGAUGUAAAACGACCAAAUUGUGACAGAAAAUAGGUGCAAAACCUCCAGAAUGAUACACAAUGUGUCACAAAAAAAAGAAAAUCAACCACAACCAUUCAGUGUUUUUAUUUAUUUAAUACAUUGUAGAUUAAAACUGAAGAUAUCAAAACUAUAAAAGAAUACAUAUGAAACUAUGUUGUGAACAAAAAAGGGUUAAUCUACAGUAUUAAUCUACAAUGUAGAAAAUAAUACAAAUAAAUUAAAAGCAUUAAAUGAGAAGGUGUGUCCAACGUUUGAUUAGUAGUGUAUGCACAACAAUUAAAGUAAGACACAAAAUGACAAAAAAGGGAGAAAAAGUUCCUAAGAGAUGCAAAAUUACAUGACACAUAAAAUUAACUUUAUAAGAUAUAACUAGAUUAAAUGACCAAAAAGGGUCUGAAAUAACCAUAAAAAAUGAAAAACAACUCUGUAAACAACUUCAGAGAGAUACAAAACAUGCCAGAUAAGACCUGACAAAAUUAACAAUAUCAGACACAAAACGAAGGAUUACAAAAAGAGUUAAAGACAGAUCAAACUGAAUUAAAAGUAAAAAAAAAUCCAGAAAGGCUUUUCGAUAAAAGAAUGUUCUACAAUGAGCCCUAAAAAAUGAUCAGUGACUCGGCUCAGCUGAUUUCUUCAGCCAGAUCAUUGCAGAGCACUCCGUCCCUUUGGUUUUCAGCUGGACCAUGGAACAGACACUGACAGAGCUCUCAAAGUGUGAACUGCAGAAAAAAGCUAUGAGGGACCUUUAAAGAAACCAGUAAAAUCCUCCAAUCUAUCCUAAACUGCUCUGGUGUCAGUGUACAGAGGAGUAAACAGAUCGAGUCUGGAGUCCAUCAGCAGUUCUCUGGUUCAGCUGAGGGUGGUGCUGCAUCCAGCUCUUCAUACAUCCACCUCCACACUUGCUGUCACCAUGGCAAACACAGGGGUGGACUGAAACCUUAAGGAUUCCGGCUGAGUGGAGGCGGAUGUUUAGUUUUUGUUAGUCUCCUGUCCCUGAACUCCCUCCUGCCUGCAGUCACCUUUGAGUGUUCUUCACUCCGGCUGGUCCACCUCUGGCUUUUAGCUGUAGUUAAGUGGUAUUUCAAUCUCUGACUCGAGGGCCGGUGCAGUACCGUUGUCUUUUUCCUCUCACAUGUAGUUAGAUUGAUGGACCGUCGUAGUCCGGCCCCAGAGUCCCCAGCUGUGGACCAGCUGUGGACUGAAGAGCUGAACGAAACUCUUGCAUUGUUGCAGAUGCGGCGGUCGUGAUGUGAAUAGUGUAGCUGUAGUUCAAACCGAUUGAUCUUCGAGUGCAACUCAAUCAACCCACCAGAUGAUGUAUUUAUUUUGAUGUACUGUACAUGUGAUGUUUUAUGCAGAUUGAUAAAUGUACAUUUUCAUUAUGAGAAGAGAAAUGUUAACAGUUUCCCUAAAUAAAUGGUAAAACUUGAAUAAAAAAGUACAAAAGAUUCUUUUUUAACA